AGUAUGCUUCUUCUCGCUUUCAAUGGCUGCACUGGUGCGCUUCGCUCGGAUGCUCCAUCGCGGUUCGGUCAAGCAAGCGUGCGUCCUUGCAUUCCUUCUAUUUCACGUCUGCGAAAUCGCCCAGAUACUACAUUGCCUUUCGAACCCUACGAUCGACGAUGCAGCUCUCCGACCCGAGCGCGUAUAUAUCGCCAGUUUGCACUGGAACAAUGAAAAAAUCUUGCGAAGUCACUGGAACGAUGCAGUGGUAGCAUUAGCGAAUGCCCUAGGACGAGACAAUGUCUUUAUCACAGUGUAUGAAAGCGGUAGUUGGGAUGACAGUAAAGGCGCGUUACAGGAGCUUGAUCUGGCUCUGGAGGCACACGGCAUCAGGCGGAACAUAACUUUGUCACCCACUACUCAUCUGGACGAGAUAUCUGUGUCGACUCGAGGCCAGGGCUGGGUCGAUACACCCCGAGGGAGGAAAGAACUUCGGCGGAUACCAUACUUGUCUCGACUUCGUAAUCUAGCCCUUGAGCCUUUGAGGCAGCUGGUUUUACAGGGGGAGAGAUUCGACAAAGUUCUGUUCCUAAACGAUGUGGUAUUCGAUACCAACGACGUACUACAGUUACUAGACACCAAUGGUGGCGAUUAUGCGGCUGCCUGCUCGUUAGACUUUAAUCAUCCUUCAAAGGUCUAUGACACGUUUGCGCUACGGGAUGCUGAAGGCCACGAGAUGCUCAUGCAAACCUGGCCCUAUUUUCGGGCAAAGCAAUCACGGCGAGCUAUGUUGGCCAACCGUCCUGUGCCCGUUGCAAGCUGCUGGAACGGUAUGGUUGCAAUGCCUGCCGAACCGUUCACUGCUCCAUAUCAAUUAAGCUUCCGGGGCAUUCCGGAUUCUCUUGCAGAAUCUCACCUCGAGGCCUCCGAGUGUUGCUUGAUCCACGUAGACAAUCCUCUCCGGAAUCAGAAAGAGACAUAUGUAAAUCCACGGGUGCUGGUGGGCUACAGCGGCGAGGCAUACAAUGCCGUCCAUCCCCAAACACCACUGCUAUCUUCUUGGCAAAUCUCCAAAGCUCUAUGGGAAAACCGCAUCCGCAGAUGGGCCACUUCACCUUGUUUGAAAGAGUGGAGGAUGCGGAGAAGAGUCAGCAAAUGGAGAGCGAUGAGUAAGGAGCAUGAGGAGCAUGGUCAGGUCUGUCUCAUCAAUGAAAUGCAAGUCCUUGCCGAGAAUGGCUGGGCGCAUGUUUAGGGGAACAUCGAUCUUGGUGUUCAGACUGGAUCAGAUCCCCAUUGUUGCGCUAGCUUAAAACGCGCACCCCUUGCUUAACAUCACCCGCACCCUUGCUCAACAUGACCCUGACACAGGCCGUCAAUGGACUGCAGACUCUUCUGCAAAUGCAAAUAUCGACGAACAUGUCCGGUAGC